AAGUGCACACACGAAGAAUCAUCAUCAUCUUGUCAAUAUAUUGUAAAUAAUUAAUUAAACAAAAAAAUAUAAAAUAAAAGAAAAAAUCAUUUAAACUAGAAAAAAAAAAAAAAAAGUAAUUGGCAAAAUUCUGCCAUUCUGGCCUGUCAAAAAUAAAUAAAUAAAUUGCCAUUAUCACUUAUUGACAAAUUAAAAUUUUGGUAAUCAAAUAAAUUGACUGUGUGUUCGACUGUUCGUGUGUGUAAAUUACGUUUUAUUUUGUUUUUGAUGAAAAUAUAUUUAUUAUUUAUAAACAAAAAAUAAUAGUAAAUUGUGAUGAUAAACAUUUUUGAAUAAACAAAUAAAUUUUCAAGUUAUAAUUUAUAUAUUGAGUAGUGACAAGGUCAAUUGUUAUCAAAAUGACACAUGCCAACAGAAAAAGAGUUCGUAAUGCUGAUGAUGAAAGCAGUGAAUUUACACCAUUGAGUAAAAGGAUAAAUAAUUUACACAUCAAUAGUCUUGGUAAACCAGUAAAUCAACAGAUUGGUAAUAAUUGGAGCAAUGGAAAUAAUUCAGUGACAACAAAUAAUAUAGAAUCAUCACAGCAUUCAUCAUCUUCAUCAUCUUGCAAUGGUUAUCAGUCACAAGAUUAUCGACCACAUUUGAAUGCCAAUGAUAAUCCAUAUUAUUAUGAAAAUAAUAAACUGUUGUAUUCACUUUAUACUGAUAGGAUGAAUAGACGUACGAAUGAUCAAUAAUCUUCAUCUUCAUCAUCAACAUCAUUGACAUUAUUUUUUCAUCAAUCGAUUAAUUAAUAUACAUAAUAUAAAUAUUUUCUUCUUCUCUUCAUACUUAAAAUAAUUCUGAUAAUAAAUAAUAAUAAUUUUAGUUUGAAUUGUUAAAUAAAAAACAAAAAAAUUUAUAUUUUUUUGGAUAAUUUAGAAAGUAAAUUCAUUUACUAUGUAAAAAUAUUUUUCUUAAUCUUUAUCAAUUGUCACAAUCAGAGGCUAUUGUACAAUUAUCUGAUGCGCCAGAAGGUCCAACAAUUGUUGAACAAGUACCACAAUAUUUAAUACUUUUUCAGUCUAUCAUUGUAAUGAAAAAGUAGUCUGGAUCAUCAUUAUGAUAAAUCAUUGUAACACUUGGUUCAACAAAAAUCAAGUACAACCAACUGUUUAAUUUUUAUUAUUAAAUUUAAUAUUAAUACAAAUGAGUCAAGUCCAUUUAACCCUGAUGCUACUGAUGCAUCUGUUGGAUCUGUUAAAAUUAAUUUUCUAUAAUUUAAUCAUAAUUUAAUAUGUCAUUUAUAAAUUAAUCAUCAUCAUUAUUAUUAUCUACGAAAAAACCGCUAUAAAAAAUAAAAUAAAUAAAUAAAAUAAAAGU